UUGAAUACAUACAUACACUCGCAGUCGCCCUGAUUCUCUGCCUCUUCCCACCAAAGAGCAGAUAGACCGCACGAGAUCACCCCCUCAGAUUGGUAUCCGCAUCAAAGACAGCAGAAAUCGAACAAUUAUACACAUCUCCUCUCUCUCUCUCUCUCUCUCUCUCUCUCUCUCUCUCUCGAUACUGAGGUUAGAUUGCGGAAUUUAUCUGUGCUUCCGUGAGGACACCUUAAACAGUCCAAUCGGGCAAUCGGGUUUCAGGUUUUGCAGAGAACAAUGUCACUGACUCCUGAUCAGUUCAGAAAAGUCGGUCUUGGUGUGACCCCGUCUCCGUCUCCAUUCCUCACUCCACGGCCUGAAAGGCGGCGGAUGGAUUUGAGGCAGCCCGAAUGGAAUGCGGGCAGGCAGGACCGAGAUAAGGAGGUUAAUGUGCAGGUUCUGCUUAGAUGCAGGCCAUUAAAUGAAGACGAGCAAAAGAUGAAUGUGCCAAAGGCGAUCUCAUGCAAUGAGAACAGAAGAGAAGUCACUGUCUUGCAGAGCUUCACCAACAAGCAAGUUGAUAGAGUUUUCACCUUCGACAAGGUUUUCGGGCCUAAAGCGCAACAAAGAUCAAUCUAUGACCAAGCGAUUGCUCCGAUUGUCAAUGAAGUCCUGGACGGUUUCAACUGCACGAUUUUUGCCUACGGGCAGACAGGCACUGGUAAAACAUAUACAAUGGAGGGUGGGAUGAGAAACAAGGCAGGUGAACUGCCUGCUGAGGCUGGUGUCAUCCCAAGAGCAGUUCGCCAAUUUUUCGACACUUUGGAAGCACAAAAUGCGGAUUACAGCAUGAAAGUGACAUUUCUGGAGCUCUACAAUGAAGAAGUGGCCGAUUUGCUCGCCUCCGAAGAUUCCCCAAGAUAUGCUGAAGACAGACAAAAGAAGCCCAUAUCCCUCAUGGAGGACGGGAAGGGCUGUGUGGUUGUUCGGGGCCUUGAAGAAGUAGCUGUGUACAGUGCGAAUGAAAUCUAUUCUCUCUUGGAACGAGGGGCAGCUAAGAGGAGAACAGCAGAUACAUUAUUGAACAAACGUAGCAGCCGCUCUCAUUCCGUCUUUUCCAUCACGGUGUACAUCAAAGAAGCUGCUGUUGGAGAUGAAGAUUUAAUAAAAUGCGGCAAGCUUAAUCUUGUUGAUUUAGCAGGGUCAGAAAAUAUUUCUCGUUCAGGUGCACGGGAGGCCCGAGCAAAAGAAGCUGGGGAAAUAAACAAGAGCUUACUUACCUUGGGGCGGGUCAUAAAUGCUCUAGUGGAGCAUUCUCCCCACAUACCUUACAGGGACAGUAAGCUGACAAGGUUACUAAGAGAUUCUCUUGGAGGGAAAACAAAAACAUGCAUCAUCGCUACUAUUUCUCCUUCUGCUCAUUGUUUGGACGAAACAUUAAGCACGCUAGAUUAUGCCUAUCGUGCUAAAAACAUCAAAAAUAAGCCUGAGGCCAACCAGAAAAUGUCGAAGGCCGUGUUACUCAAGGAUCUGUAUGCUGAGAUUGAGCGGAUGAGAGAAGAUAUUCGAGCUGCAAGGGAAAAGAACGGCGUUUACAUUCCACACGAAAGAUUUGCUCAAGAAGAGGCUGAAAAGAAGUUAAGGAAUGAAAGGAUAGAGGAGUUGGAGAGCAAUCUAACGGUAUGCGAGAAGCAAAUUGAAAGUUAUCGUGAGCUCUAUCUCAAUGAACAAGAACAGAAGUUAGAUGUGGACAGUCUACUUAAGAAUUGCAAGGUUGAUCUCGAAAAGAGCAACAAAGCAUUGCUUGAUCUUCAAGAAAAACACCGACUGGCCAUCUCUUUGUUGAAGGAAAAGGAGUUUGUCAUCUCUAAAUUGUGUCAGUCGGAGAACUCUCUGAUUGGUUGUGCAAAGGACUUGCGAUCAGAACUUCAGUGUGCAUCAGAGGAUAUUAGCUCAUUGUUUAUGAAAUUAGAUGAGAAAAACAAGAUGGAAGCAGAAAAUCAUAACACGGUUCUAACGUUUGGUUCUCAACUCGACCAGAGCUUAAAAAAUCUGCACAGAAUCAUACUCAGGUCGGUUUCUCAUCAACAGCAACAGAUAAGGUGUAUGGAAGAACACUUCUGCUCGUUUCUUGCAAGUAAACAUGAUGCCACAGAGGUUCUGCAGUCAAAGAUUGGAAAGAUGAUGGAGACACAUAAUUCAGGAAUAGCUUCCUUAAACGAUUUCGCUAAUUCGCUCCAAGUGAAGGCUUCGUCUGACCUAGUUCAAAUAAAUUCUACCAAGAUAGCGCAGAAGACUGCUAUUGAGAAAUUUAUCCAUACUUUGGCAUUGGAGGCAAAGGAGGUCAUUGGAAACAUACAGAGCUCUCUUCAUCAGCAGAAAGAACUGCUGGAUUUCUCUGCUCGACAACAAGAGGAGGGAUUACAUAGAGGUUUAGCAUCUGCACGAGUUAUGGCUGAGGCUACCGUAGACUUUGUCAAUGAUCUCUACAGCCAUGCUUCUGAAGUCAUGAAAGUUCUUCACGAAACUCAAAUUGAGAAAGCUGAUCAAUUAACCAAGUUCAAGAAAACAUUCAAGGAAGAGGCUGCGCAGGAGGAAAAACUAGCCUUGCAGCAAGUGGCAGCAAUUUUAGCAACUUUGACAUCUAAGAGAACUAAAAUGGUCUCGGAGGCUACUAAAAGCAUGAACGAAUCAAACAAGCACGAGAGUAAAAGACUGCAUGGAGAGAUGUGUCGCAUGCAGAAAUUGUCUGAUGACACUCGGAACGAGUUGACGGACUACAUGGCCAAAGUGGAAAAGUGUUUCUAUCAGAACACUUUCUCUGCUGCUGAAUCCCGGGCUGUGAUGGGCUCUUGCUUACAAAACUGUUUGAAGGAGGUGGACUAUUCCAAGCAACAAUGGGAAAAUGCAGAAUCUGGAAUUGAUCGUCUUGGUGAGAGCAGUCUUCAGCAGAUAGAAUGUGUGGUGAAAGAAAAGAUAAACACAAAUGAGGGCAUAUGCGGAGAAUUUAUGUCAAUGUCUUCCUUGACAGACAGAGAAUUUAGUGCUAGAGUCAAUGACAUGCUCGUCGCCAUUAAUGAUUCGCUAAUGAGAGAUCGUGAAUGUAAGGAGAAAAUGGAUUCCAUGACAUCCCAGUGUAUUGAUCAGCUCAAGUUAGUGCCGGAGAAGCACAGGGAGAGCAUAUCAGAUGUUCGAAGCAAAGCAGAACAGUGCUUCACGAAAGAUUAUCAGGUUGACGAGGACACGGGCUCAAUUCCUAAGAAACGAUCCAUACAAGUGCCUAACUUAGCAACAAUCGAGGAUAUGAGGAUGUCAUUCUGUGAGAGCUUGGAUGGAGAGAACAUGAUCGAGAAGAAACUAAGAUCCGACGACGUUGGGACGAAGACUCAGCAGUUGCACCAGGAGGCAGUUUCACCUCUCAGAACACCUUUCGCAGAUGUCAACUAAGUGAUUGCUGACAUUUCUAAGAGUCCGAGAAUGAUCAGAGAUCCAACAAGACGGCGACGAAGACUCGGCGGUUACGUCAGGAGACAGUUACACCUCUCAGAACUCGUGUGGAAGAUGUCAACUAAGUGAAUGCAAGCGUGAUCAUUUCAAGCGAAGAGAAGAGCUCAUCAAUUGAUGACCAAAUGUUUAUGAUCUCUGACCAAAUUUGUGCCAAUAUUUGCUCAAUUAAGGCACAAUUCUCAGUGAACAUUGGAUUUUUCAUGAUAAAUGAAUUUUCUUCUCUUCCAUCA